ACCAUCUCUCCUCUCCCUUGUAGAGAGAGAAGAAAAAAGGAAAAGAGAAAGAUAAAAGGAAGAAAAAGUAACCACAGAGAGAGAAAGAGAAAGGAAAUGACAAUGGCAGCAGCAGCCGCAUUGCCCCUAUUAAUCCUUCUCUUCAUCUCAAUAUCCCUCAAGCAGUCCGAAUCGAAGCUCAACAUUAACUACUAUCAAAAGACUUGCCCUCAAAUGGAGAAAACCAUCCAAGACAUCGUCACCACUAAGCAAAUCAACAGCCCCACCACCGCCGCUGCCACCCUCCGCCUCUUAACCCACGACUGCUUGGUCGAGGGCUGCGACGCCUCCAUCUUAAUCACCUCUACCCCCUCUAAUAAAGCCGAACGCGACCACGACCUCAACCUCUCCCUCGCCGGCGACGCUUUCGACGUCGUUGUCCGCGGCAAGACCGCCCUCGAACUCGCCUGCCCUGGCAUCGUAUCCUGCGCCGACAUCCUUGCUCUCACCACCCGUGACCUUGUCACCAUGGUUGGAGGGCCUCAUUACGAAGUCCGCCUCGGCCGGAAAGACAGCCUCGUCUCCCUGGCCACCAACGUCGACGGUAACAUCUUGGCGUCCACCGCCACCGUCUCCCAGCAGAUCGACCUAUUCGCCUCAAAGGGGUUUUCCGUACAAGAAAUGGUCGCCCUCCUCGGCGCCCAUACCAUCGGUUUCGCCCAUUGCAAGGAAUUUGCAUCCCGAAUAUUCAAUUUCAGCAAGAACUCCCAAACCGAUCCGAGCCUGAACCCUCGUUUCGCAGUGGGCCUCCGCAACGCCUGCGCCAAUUAUGAGAAGAAUCCCACCAUGGCCGUCUUCUUCGAUGUAAUCACCCCCGGAAAAUUCGAUAACAUGUUCUUCCAGAACAUGCCCAGGGGGAUGACUCUGCUAAAAUCGGACAAUUAUCUGGUACAGGAUCCCAGGACCAGGCCCUUUGUGAUGAAGUACGCUUCUGACCAAGCCACCUUCUUCUCAGACUUCGCCCAUGCCAUGGAGAAGCUCAGUAUCCUUCACGUGAAGACGGGUCAUCAGGGAGAGGUCCGCCGUAAAUGCGAUUCCUUCAAUAAUGUUAAGGUUUAGCCGCUUAGAGAUGAGAUUGAUGAACACACACUAUAGUCUUUACUUGCUGCUGAUAAUAUCAUUUCGUCAUUCUAGAAGUAAGGUGAUGUGAUUAAAGUUUGAAGAGGGAGAGAGAGUUUGAAUCAGAUUUUUUUUUUUUUUGGGUGAGGGUGGGAAACCAUACGUACUAUUACAUGCAUGUAAGGUAUUUUUACGUUAAACAUUUAUAUUUAGGAUUUCCUAGCACAA